AUGGGGGAAAAACAAAACAAGAAGAAAGUGGAGGAGGUGCUAGAAGAAGAGGAGGAAGAGUACAUGGUGGAGAAAGUCCUAGACCGCAGAGUGGUGAAGGGCAAAGUGGAGUACCUGCUGAAGUGGAAGGGGUCCUCAGAUGAGGAUAACACAUGGGAACCAGAAGAGAACCUGGAUUGCCCUGACCUCAUCGCUGAGUUUCUGCAGUCACAGAAAACAGCACAAUACAAGACAGAUAAAUCAGAGGGAGGCAAGUGCAAAGCUGAUUCUGAUUCGGAAGAUAAGGGGGAGGAGAGCAAACCAAAGAAGAAGAAAGAAGAGUCAGAAAAGCCACGAGGCUUUGCCCGGGGUUUGGAACCAGAGCGGAUUAUUGGAGCUAGGGACUCCAGUGGAGAACUCAUGUUCCUGAUGAAAUGGAAGAACUCUGAAGAGGCUGACCUGCUUCCUGCCGAGGAAGCCAAUGUCAAGUGCCCGCAGGUUGUCAUAUCCCUCUAUGAGGAAAGGCUGACGUGGCAUUCUUACCCCUCAGAGGAUGAUGACAAAAAAGAUGAUAAGAAUUAACUUUCUUGAAUACCAGCCCCUGUCACAUCUGACUGUGGGUUUCAA